ACAGUUCGGUUUUCAAAUUAACGGCUAUGAAUAAAGGCUGGUGCGGAGUAUUCGUUAUAUUUAAUGAAAUUAAAUAAAGAGAAGAUAAAAUAAUGCUGCAUUCUAAUUAAAUUGUAACAACAGAAAUAUAAUGGAGCCCUCAAAAGAUGCAAUUGCCGUGCGCAUCACGCGUUUAAAUCGGUUAAUAACUGGUAAAGUGACCAACGGAACUAAUAAAAUAAGCAAGAAAAUAGAUCGGGAAACUUUGUUGGAUGCAUUAACUGUACUAUAUGAGGAAUGCAAUGAAGAUCCUAUCAAGAAAGCUGAUGAGCUCGUUCGUAUGUUUGUGGAUAAAUAUCGCAGUGCCCUGGCAGAACUACGUAGCGUUCGUAUUAGUAUUUCUGAUUUCGAGAUACUACAAACUAUUGGCCGAGGACAAUUCGGAGAAGUACAUAUGGUACGUGAAAAACAAACUGGAGAUGUCUAUGCCUUGAAAAGUGUUCGUAAAGAACAAGCUCGCAAAAGGGUUUCAGGAGCUGCAGAUGAGAGAGACAUUCUAGCAACUGCAUCAGGACAGUGGAUUCCUAAAUUGCAAUAUGCAUUUCAGGAUAAUAGUAAUUUAUACUUGGUCAUGGAAUUGUGUAAUGGGGGUGACUUAGCAAGUUUUCUGUCCCGAUGUAGUCACCCACUUUCAGAGAGAGAUGCAGCAUUCUAUGUUGCUGAAGUUGCACACGCCUUAAAGGCACUGCAUGGGAUGGGAUUUGUCCACAGAGAUGUUAAACCGGCAAAUUUACUCAUAGACAGAUGUGGCCAUAUAAAAUUAGGAGACUUUGGGUCUUGUGCUCGCCUCUCCGAAGGUGGUUGUGUGUCUGGAGUCACAGCGGACUAUGUAGCGCCCGAGCUGUUGGCAGCGGCCGACUGUGCAUCACACACUCACACUGUGUGUAUGCAGUACUGCCACAUUACUACUGCGCUUUCAGCAUGUGAUUAUUGGUCUCUGGGGGUCAUAGCAUUUGAAUUAGUUACACUCAAACGUCCGUUUUCGUCGAGCGACGAUGAUUCCGUCGCGCAAGUGCUUAGUAAUAUACAAACAUAUGAACGAGAUCCAUCAUCAGAGCCACCAUUCGAACCUCUUCCAAACAACCCGUCCAGUACAUGGCGCGGUUUGGUCUGUGGACUGUUGCGGGUGCAACCGGCGAGGAGAUACAACUACCUUGACACGCUACGGCACCCGGCUUUGGCGCAUAUUGCCUUGCAUGCUGCUGCUAUACGGGAUCAGCCCCCCCCGUGGGUACCGAGCGUGCGCGGGCCGGAGGACGCGCGGUACCUGUCGUCGGCCGCGCGCGUCGCCGCGCCCGCUUGCGCCGCGCCCUUCCGCACGCGCCCGCCCUUCGCCGGACAGCUGCCAUUUGUUGGUUAUUCAUAUGUGGCACCAGAGGAGAGUGAGGAAACAAUUAGUAGUUUCACUUCUUCCCAUGACUGUACCGCGAUUGAUUUGGCUACGUUUAAAUCGGCGGAGAAGCUAGCAAGCAUCCGCGCUAAGGAGAUAGCGUCGCUGCAGAGCCGGCUGGCGGCGGCGGAGUGCGAGGCGAGCGCGGCGGCCGAGCGCGCGCGCCGCGACGCGGAGGACGGCGCCGAGCGGCUGCGCGCGCGCCUGCAGGCCGACAUCACCGCGCUCGCUUUGCAGAACAGACGACUGGAGCGUCAAUUAGAAGUAGAAAAGGAGGAGCGAAUGGCACUGGAAAGGAGUAACCAAGAGCUGAGCUCCGGUAUCAAAGAACGCAGCAAUGCUGAGAUCCGCGCUGUGAAGGCGCAAGCGUCAGAACUUCAGACUGAGAGGGAUCUAUUAAAAGAAGACAUGGCUCGAUUGGAAACGAGGGUGCGGGAACUACAAGUGGAAUGCACCAAUGCUUUAGCGGCUGCGGAAACUGCGCGAUCGCAGCAUAAACAUUAUAAGGACACGUUAGCCAAAGAGCGUGCCCUGCGGCGCCAGACGCUGAGCGGCAGCGAGUCGGACGCGGCGCGCGCGGCCGCGGCGGAGGCGAGCGCGGCGCGGGAGCUGCGCGCGCGCACCGCCGCCGAGGGGCGCCUCGCCGCCGCCGCCGGGGACGCCCACGCGCUGCGGGCGGACCUGGAGCGCGUCCGGGAUAGCCUGGCGGCUGUGCAGGACUCCGCUCGCGAGAAGGAUCGUUUGAUUGCAUCAUCUAAUCAGCAGCUGCAUGAUGCACAAACGCAGCUCGCACAGGAAAAGAUGAGGAAUUCUUCACUACAAGCACAGUUACAGGAAUUGGAGCGCGGUAUAACAGCGGCGGCGCAGCGGGAGGCAGCGCUUGAAGAACAAAGCAGCCGCACCGAAGUGAGGCUGCAGCAGCGGCUUGAAGCGGCUGAAGCGAGGGCUGCGAGCGCGCUGCAGGAUGACGCUAGGCACAAGGAGAAGGUAACCACGCUAGAACAAUUGGUGCGUCAAUUGGAGCGCGAAGUGAGUGCCAUGGAGAAUCGUGCAUGUGUCAGAUGCAUAGCAAACGACGCAGCCAAUGCUAACGCCAACAAAAUCAACAGCAACGACACCAGCAGCAACAAUAUCAACAGCAGCAAUAUCAACAGCAACAACAAAACGAACGGCAACAAUAAUAACGCUGCAACAAACACGUCAGAUACCGAUAUUAGGUUGGAUUCAAGGAGCGAUACGGAGAGUGUUGCGGAUGGACACGUCAAUGUGCAAGUUACUUUGUUGAAGGAGCAAUUGGAACGGGCUGAAGCUCAGCUACAGGCGCGUGCUGAUGAAAUAGCUGCUCUACGACAGGAAGCAAGAACCGCCAAUCUCGCUCGGUGGCGAAAAGAAAAAGAAUAUAGUGACCUGUCAUUAGAUGCCAAAGUCACAGCGCGAGAUUUAAAGCGUGCUGAGGAGAGAAAAGCGACUUUAUCAGAAGGUCGUAAGGUCGCCGAAGAAAAGGCGUCCAAACUUGAGAAAGAAAUAGCAACAUUGAAGCCACAGUACGAGCAAACGAAAAAGGAAAUGGAGAGGUACCAGGAGCAAUUGAAUAAAUUGCAGAAAACCUAUGAUGUGCUGCAAGCUGAAGUGGACAGGUCGCGCAACGACAUCCGCAAGCUCCGCAGCGAGGUGCAGUACAGCGAGAAGCGGCGGCUGCACGCCGAGACGCAGGAGGAGCUGUCGGCGCGCGAGCGCGCGCAGCUGCGCGACGAGCUGGCGCCGCUGCGCGCGCAGAACGACGACCUGCUCAUGAAUAACAAAGCCUUGCAAGAAGCCUGCAGCUUAUUGGAGGAACAGCUAACUGAUCUGGAAAAACUUGCAGACAUCCAUGAAAUGAAAAACAAAGAACUUGAGGGCGAGGUGCAGCGCAUGCGCAGCGAGGUGGAGGCGUGCCGCGGGCGCGCGGCGGAGGCGGAGCGGCUGAGCGCCGAGCGCGCGCUCGCCGCCGCGCACGCCGCGCAGCGCGAGGACGACGCGCGGGAGCGGCUCGCGCACGCGCUCUCGCAGCUCGACUGCUUGAAGGAGCGUUUGGAGAGUCGCGAGGCGCUGGUGUCGGAGCUGGAGGGGCGCGUGGCGCACCUGGAGAGCGAGACGGCGGCGCAAAGCGCGGCGCUGGCCUCGGCCGCGCGGCGCCUGCGCGACCUGCAGGAGGAGAGCGCCGCGCUGCGCACGCGCGCGCUGCACGACCACGCGCUCGCGCUGCGCCUGCAGGCCAGCCUCGCCGACCAGCAGGAAGAGGCGAGUGCGUCCCGCGAGGCGCACGAGGCGGCGGCGGCGUGGUGGCGCACCAGGGAAACCAAAGCCGAUGCUACCAUUCGGCAACAGGCCAAACUCAUCGACUUUCUACAGGCGAAAGUGGAAGAGGCUGGUAGAAAGAAAUGUUCGUUAAGCAACAAGUUAUUUGGAAGGUCGGGUCGGCGGACAGCAGCAUCGCCGCCGCUAUUACGAGUUAACAGAGAACUACGAGAAGAAGUGGAAAGAUUGCGUGCUAAAUUGUCUGCUGCUAAUUUAUCUAAUCCUAAUAUUCCACCGACACCAAAGCGAGAAAGGUCUGGAAGCAAAUUGAAGAAACUCUCCAACGGUCCCUUAAACUUCGAUUUAAGUGAUAAUGUGCCAGAGAAGGAUUCUUUAUUAGUUAUAUGGGGUGACGGGACACGAGAGCGUAUGAUAGCUGCGUACAGCGACGGCGCGCUGGUGCUGAGCAACGAGCAGCGCGAGCUGCGCGCGCAGCUGCACGAACAGGACGCCGCCGACUUGCCGCACAAUGAGGCCAACCGGGCCUUCACGGUGAAACUGGAACAAUCGGCUGUCGGCAACCAAACCGCGACCGUGGUGUGCUCGAGCAUCCCCGAGCGCAGCGAGUGGCUCUCGCGCCUCGCGCCGCGCGCGCGCCCGCCCCCGCCGGGCUACGCGCCCGCCGCGCUGCUGUGCCGGGACAAGCCCGCCCACGCGGCUCUCUAUGUCGCGCCGAAUGCUGUCGCUAUUGGUUACCCCGACGGGCUGUACUCUCUGCGCGGCUCGGUGGCCAUAGAGUGGGAGGGGAGUCCCUCCCCCGGGGGGGCGCCGGUCGCGCUGCUGGCGGGCUGCGGCGGGCGCGCGCUGCUGGCGGCGGGCGGGCGGCUCGCGCACGCGGGCCUGCUGGCGCUCGGCUCGGCGCUGCGCAGGGCCAGCAGCCUCAAGCCGGCCUUGCCUGUGCGCACGCUGCGCUUCAAUGAUGCCACUCCACCGCAUUUGAUCAAGGCAAUUUCAAGCGAUGCCAAUAGCACUCACGGUAUCUGCGUGGCCAUAGCGUGCGGCCGCAAAGUGUACCUAUUGAAGUUUGAUGCGGCUGAUGCUGAAUUCAAAACCGUUCGCUCCUUGACCGUCGACCGACCCCCCACCUCCCUCCUCCUUACGUCCAAAGCCGUUUACAUCGCAGGCGAGAAACCUCUCAAAGUCAAUUUACCCUCGGGAGCGCUAGAAACAUACGCUAUGGAGGAGCCAGUCGUAGCCGCAGCGGCUAAAAAGCAUUCACCCCCUAAAGCAAUCAUUCUUAUAAAAGAAAAACCUCUCGAGAUACUCCUGUGUUACGCUGAAUGUGGUGUCUUUAUUGACGAAAAUGGCAAACGGUCCAGAAACGAAGAUCCAAAAUGGAGUGCAGCCGUGCACAGCUGGGAAUAUAUCAGCCCCUUCCUGUACGCGGUCGGCGAAGAUAGAGUUACCAUUAUUUAUCUCAGCGACGAUGCGUACCGAGCCCCGCCCUGUACGUGCGACACGACGUCUCUCGCAUCGACAAACUCUGAAUGUUAUUCUGCACCAGAAAUAUUCAAUUAUAAAGUUAAUGAACCAUCACUUUUAGGCAAAGCCCCGGGUGGAAUUAUAAUCCGGUCAAAAACAGACUCCGGAUAUGAAGUUUCUAUCGUGGAAGGCAUGGCGGCGUUUAGAAGUAUCGGGGCGUCUUUAGAAUCUUUAGCAAGCUUUUCUAAAGGGUCGUCGUCGGAUCUCACCCAGUCACUCACAGAUCUGUCCCCUCAAGACGAGUCUCACGAAAGCGUAGAAGUUACCACGGGGUUUCUAGCCGACAUCAGGAAUAGAGCGAAACAAUUGCGCAAUAAGCAGCGGAAAGAAAUGCAAACUAUACAAUCUUCCGAUGACAUAAUUAAGGAGAUUUUGACGACGGAAGUUGGUCUGAGACGGCCGUCGACCGGCAGGCGCUCUCCAGUUAUAUCAGAGUUUGAUUCAGAUUCAGAAACUGAGAGUGAAGAAGGUACCGGAUCCACCAAAAAUACACAAGACGUAUGCGCAGAGAUAUUUACUAGACAGGUUCGGUUUCAAUAAUUAGUUGUUUUUAUUUUAUAUUUUUAAAUAAUUUUCCAGUUACGGUAACACCAAAUAUAAGGGAUUAUUCGAAGACGUCAAACUAUCAAUAAUUCAAAAUUGCAUAGAUUGAUGCUAAAGGAAAAACCUACUGAAUGUAUGUAUUUCGAUACCUCCUACGUUUUUAGUCAUUAAUAAUAAUGUUACAAUUACGAUAUUUAUUUAGCUUUAACAAGUAGACAUAUGCUGUAAUAUUAAUUAUUACAAUUUUACAAUUAUGUAUGUACUUAAUAAUAAUUAUAAUAAUUUUAUAACACGUCUCGAUUUUAUGUUUUGGAAGAACUUUGUUCAUAAGUUUUAUUUUAGUUUUGACUAAAUUUUAAUUUAUUGGUUUUUAAUACUUGCCUUUCGAAAUUCUCGAAAAUAUUAAAUUUUUGAACUAUUGUAUUAUUGAGUACUGUGAUUUGAUAAAUUGGUUAUCUAUAGUGCUUAGAUAAGUUUUAGUUGAUUCGUGAAUACGCAAGUGUCGUCUAGUAUUUGUAUUAUUAUUGUAACAAUA